UUAGCUCCGCUACUAUAACCCAUAUUCUUCCCUUAAUUCCGCCCGUUCGUCGGAUGCUGAGCCGCUCGGGGACGCUCCUCGCCUCGGUUGUGUUGUUGUGGUUAUCGGGGGGAACUGUGAGGUACCAUGGUUAACCAGCGACUGGACACCGGCUGGCAGCCGUGUAAGAGCGACUCCAGUGGUGGAAGCAACAGUGGAGAGAGUUCUAAAGAGAGCUCAAGAUGUUCCACCCCAGUGCUGGACACGGACCGCACUGACCGACUGCGGGACAAGAUGAGGAGGAGAAUUGAGUCUGGGGACCACUGGUUCUCCCUCGAGUUUUUUCCUCCCCGCACAGCUGGAGGCGCGGUUAAUCUCAUAUCUAGGUUUGACCGCAUGGGAUCUGGCGGACCACUCUUCAUCGAUGUAACAUGGCAUCCAGCAGGAGACCCCGGCUCAGAUAAGGAGACCUCCUCAAUGAUGAUAGCCAGCACAGCAGUCAACUACUGCGGCCUGGAGAGCAUCCUGCACCUGACCUGCUGCAAACAGACGAAAGAGAUAAUCACAGCUCACCUCAACAAAGCCAAGCGCCUGGGCCUAAAGAACAUCAUGGCAUUAAGGGGAGAUCCAAUUGGAGCUGACUGGGAGGAAGAAGAGGGAGGAUUCAACUAUGCUACAGACCUGGUGAAGCACAUUCGCCAUGAAUUCGAUGACUACUUUGACAUCUGUGUUGCUGGCUACCCAACUGGGCAUCCGGAGGCUGAGAGCUAUGAGGAUGACCUGAAGCACUUGAAAGAGAAAGUGGAUGCAGGAGCACACUUCAUCGUGACUCAGCUCUUUUUCAGAGCGGAGACAUUCCUUAAAUUCGUCAAGGACUGCAGAGCCAUCGGCAUCACCUGUCCUAUUGUGCCUGGAAUCUUCCCCAUACAGGGUUACCACUCCCUGCGGCAGCUGGUCAAGCUGUCCAAACUGGAGGUGCCAGAGGAGAUCAUGCAGGUAAUCGAGCCCAUCAAGGACAACGAUGCUGCCAUCCGGAACUACGGCAUCCAGCAGGCUGUGGAGAUGUGCAGGGUUCUGCUGGCCAGCGGGGACGUGUCUGGGCUGCACUUCUACACACUCAACAGAGAGGUUGCCACCAUGGAAGUGCUCAGACAGCUGGGCUUGUGGGCAGAAGACCCUCGCCGGCCUUUGCCAUGGGCUGUCAGCGCUCAUCCUAAACGAAAGGUUGAAGAUGUUCGGCCGAUCUUCUGGGCUUCAAGGCCUAAAAGCUACAUCUACAGAACUCAAGACUGGGAUGAUUUCCCCAAUGGAAGAUGGGGAAACUCCUCAUCCCCAGCUUUUGGCGAGCUGACAGAUUAUUAUUUGUUCUACCUGAAGAGCAAGUCUUCCAAAGAGGCCUUAUUGAAGAUGUGGGAAGAGGAGCUAACCAGUGAGGACAGUGUGUAUCAAGUCUUCACUAACUACAUCACAGCAGAGCCCAACAAGAGUGGACACAAGGUGAUGUGUCUUCCAUGGAACGAUGACCCUUUAGCUCCAGAGACAAACAUGCUGAAGGAGGAACUGGAGAAGGUGAAUCGCAGGGGAGUUCUCACCAUCAACUCUCAGCCCAACAUCAAUGGCAAGCCUUCUUCUGACCCAAUUGUGGGGUGGGGCCCACCGGGCGGAUAUGUCUUUCAAAAGUCAUACCUGGAAUUCUUCACAUCAAGUGAAAAUGUUAACGCACUUCUCAAAGUACUGAAGAAAUAUGAACCACGUGUGAACUACCACAUUGUCAAUGUGAAGGGCAAGAAUAUUACAAACGCCCAUGAUAUGCAACCCAAUGCUGUAACGUGGGGGAUUUUCCCAGGCAAAGAGAUUGUUCAGCCCACGGUGGUGGAUCCAGUCAGCUUUAUGUACUGGAAGGACGAGGCGUUCGCACUGUGGAUCGAGCAGUGGGGGAAGCUUUACGAGGACGAGUCUCCUUCACGAAUGAUUAUCCAGUACAUCCACGACAAUUACUUCCUGGUCAACCUAGUGGACAAUGACUUCCCUCUAGAUAGCUGCUUAUGGCAGGUCAUCGACGACAUGUUCAAACUGCUGGACGCACCUCCAGAACCUCUGGAUCAAGAAAACCUACAGUAGCUUCAAAAACCACACACCUUUGGUCUGCUGCUGCUUUAUUCUAGGACUUAUUAUAAAGACACAAACAGAGACAUAUCACUAUUACUUUUUUUUUUUUAUUAUUGUAAUAUCAGCUAUUUAUACUCUCACUCGUCUGAGUUGUUACAUAAAAUGCUACAUAAAAAUGCUGAUGAAUUUUCAGAACAGUUUACAGAAUCGAAAGCUUCUAACUUAUGAUUAUUGCAAAUCAAGGGCAAGAGCACUUUUAACAUUAUUAGACAAAUAUACAGAUAUUAUAGGGAAUCAUAGUACAUUAUCAUGUACAGUCUAAUUCCUGGAAUCAAUGGCACAAGGAUUUGCAAGGAUUACUAUUUCUACAUUUUUAUGUAAUUUUUUAAGCUGAUGUUUUUAAAGCUAUUUAUAAACAGUAUUUUGGCUGUUGCGCGAGUCCGAAGUCCGAGGAUGUCAAGUUUUUUGGGGGGGACUUUCUGCUUUUUAUCUCGCCAGCUACAUCACACAAACACACGCACACACACCCACACAAAACUGCAACCUUGCAGAGUUAAAAAAAAAAAAAAAAAGACCGGUCAGAAGCUUAACGCACAAAUAUUUACUAGUGAAGUCAUCCAAGGCCAAAGAUGGUGACGGAGAUUUUUGAUUACUAUUGUAAUCUGAAGAAGGUUGUUUUAUCAUUGCCUUGGGUCAUAUUUCCGUCAGUGUAAUGUUUUUCCAUUUUCCAUGUUUUUUUUUUUCCAUUUUUUUUGUUCAUAUCUGCCCCCAAAGUCUGAAUUAAUUAAUCUUUACUCUUAUUUCAUUUUUUUUUCUUCUCAUUUUUGCAUCAUGUAAUGAAAGGUGGAUGGAUUAUACUAUCAAAUUGGGGGCAAAAAAUAAAUAAAUCUGAAAAUUAAUUUAGCCUCAAAUGGUUAAAAAAAAAAAAAAAAAAAAGAGGAACUGGUUAAAGUUACAUCAGGCACUUUCCUUUUUUUCCUAUAUUUUUUUCUAAUAAUAAAAUUCCUCAGAUUUAAUUUCUCUCCAGUUUGUGUAUUGCUGAUAAAAGAAGCACAAUAAAACUCAUUUUUCACACA